GUUAGCAAGAGCAGUAGUGUAGAAGUGUAGAUACCUGUAUUUACCUGGCUAAAAGACCCUGGGGUCGUAUCCUGCCCAGUUUAAUUUUUAGGCGGUGUCUUUUAAUCGGACGCAAAUCAGUGUCAAGAGACACGCUGCGGUUGCCCUUGGUCAUCGGGGAAGGGUCACAGGCGCAGAGACAGGGGAAUUAUGGGUCACUUGUUAGAGUAGCGGGAAAAGUUGUGACUAAGGGAAAAUGUCGAGGAAUACAAAACUAGUGCUGUACUCACUAAGAACUUAACUAACUAGGCUAAAAACAAAUAUGACCUACCGUAUUCCCCCGUAUAAAACACCAUGUGGUGUUACUAAAAAUGCAACGAAAUUUUGGAAAUCUGAAGAAGCCCCCGGCCGAGCUCAUCUUGAAAUGGAUUGCUCGGUCAUGGGAGGCUGUGCUAGAGGAGCUCGUGCGGAGUUCAUUCAAGACGUGCGGGAUAUCAAAUGCGCUGGACGACACCGAGGACAACCCCGCUCUCCGCCACCUCCGUGGCAGGCCCGACCUCGAGGUGAUGGACGAUGUCCAUGUCGAGGAGGGCGAGAGCGGCUACAUCAACGCCCACUACGACGCCUUCAUCGAUAUGGACAGGGACGUCGCCGACGACGAAGAGGCAGAUGUGGCGUCGCUGGCGGCUGACGACAUCGACGAUGCUGAAGCGGCAACCGAAGCAGCUGCAGUAGCAGAUGAAGACGAGCGCGGACGAUGCAGAGACUGCAUCAGCAGCAGCAGCAAGUGUUGAUGUGUGGCCAGCAAAAGGCAUUGCAGAGGAGGAUGACGACAACUGCUGGUGGGACGAGCUUGCAGAUGGGAGCGACGUCGAGAUAUGGCAGGUUGGUGAUGAGGAGCGUGAGGAGGACGACUAGAGCAGUGGCAGAGGCAUGAGCAUCUGGCAUAUUGUAAGAAUUUAAAGUAUAGUGGUUAAUUCAGGUUCUAGGCACAGCCAGUAGGUAUGAUUCAAGCUCCAGGUGG